GGCGGCAACGGAGGCUGCGGGGGCGACAGCGCGAGCGGCCGGGCUUCGGGGGGGAACCGAGCCCGGCCCGGGAGUCCCAGCAGUGCAAGUGCGAGGUACCUAGGCCCCUCACGCUGGACUCCUCAGUCUCCCGGCCGCCUGUCCUCCGCACGGGUAUAUGGGAUGGAAGCGGGACCCUCGGGAGCAGCUGCAGGCGCCUACCUGCCUCCCCUGCAGCAGGUGUUCCAGGCACCUCGCCGGCCUGGCAUUGGCACUGUGGGCAAGCCAAUCAAACUUCUGGCCAAUUACUUUGAGGUGGACAUUCCUAAGAUUGACGUUUACCAUUACGAGGUGGACAUCAAGCCGGAUAAGUGUCCUCGCAGGGUCAACCGGGAGGUGGUGGAAUACAUGGUCCAGCAUUUCAAACCACAGAUCUUCGGGGAUCGCAAGCCUGUGUAUGAUGGCAAGAAGAACAUUUACACUGUCACAGCACUGCCCAUUGGCAACGAGAGGGUUGACUUUGAGGUGACCAUCCCCGGGGAAGGGAAAGAUAGAAUUUUUAAGGUCUCUAUCAAGUGGCUAGCCAUUGUGAGCUGGCGCAUGCUACACGAAGCCUUGGUCAGCGGCCAGAUCCCUGUGCCCCUGGAGUCUGUGCAAGCCCUGGAUGUGGCCAUGAGGCACCUGGCAUCUAUGAGGCCAGGGCUCCUCCGUGCCCAGGAUGCCUCACAGGGUGGGGGCCUGUGCCCGAGGGACCAGUUCUCUGCCUGUCCCUGCCAGGUACACCCCUGUGGGCCGCUCCUUCUUCUCACCGCCUGAGGGCUACUACCACCCGCUGGGGGGUGGGCGCGAGGUCUGGUUCGGCUUUCACCAGUCUGUGCGCCCUGCCAUGUGGAAGAUGAUGCUCAACAUUGAUGUCUCAGCCACUGCCUUCUACAAAGCACAGCCAGUGAUUGAGUUCAUGUGUGAGGUCCUGGACAUCAGGAACAUAGAUGAACAGCCCAAGCCCCUCACGGAUUCCCAGCGUGUACGGUUUACCAAGGAGAUAAAAGGCCUGAAGGUGGAAGUGACCCACUGUGGACAGAUGAAGAGGAAAUACCGUGUGUGUAAUGUUACCCGACGCCCUGCUAGCCAUCAGACGUUUCCCUUGCAGCUGGAGAGUGGACAGACUGUGGAGUGCACCGUGGCACAGUAUUUCAAGCAGAAAUAUAACCUUCAGCUCAAGUAUCCCCACCUGCCCUGCCUACAAGUUGGGCAAGAACAGAAGCAUACCUAUUUGCCCCUCGAGGUCUGUAACAUUGUGGCUGGGCAGCGGUGCAUUAAGAAGCUGACUGACAACCAGACUUCAACCAUGAUAAAAGCUACAGCUAGGUCGGCCCCAGACAGACAGGAAGAGAUCAGUCGCCUGAUGAAGAAUGCCAGCUACAACUUGGAUCCCUACAUCCAGGAAUUUGGAAUCAAAGUGAAGGAUGACAUGACGGAGGUGACAGGGCGAGUGCUGCCGGCGCCCAUCUUGCAGUAUGGCGGCCGGAACCGGGCCAUUGCUACACCCAACCAAGGUGUCUGGGACAUGCGUGGGAAACAGUUCUACAAUGGGAUUGAGAUCAAAGUCUGGGCCAUCGCCUGCUUCGCACCCCAAAAACAAUGUCGAGAAGAGGUGCUCAAGAACUUCACAGACCAGCUUCGGAAGAUUUCCAAGGAUGCAGGGAUGCCCAUCCAGGGUCAGCCAUGCUUCUGCAAAUACGCACAGGGGGCAGACAGCGUGGAGCCCAUGUUCCGGCAUCUCAAGAACACCUACUCAGGACUGCAGCUCAUUAUCGUCAUCCUGCCCGGGAAGACACCAGUGUAUGCUGAAGUGAAACGUGUUGGAGAUACACUCUUGGGAAUGGCAACGCAGUGUGUGCAGGUGAAGAACGUGGUCAAGACCUCGCCUCAGACUCUGUCCAACCUCUGCCUCAAGAUCAACGUCAAACUCGGUGGCAUUAACAACAUCCUAGUCCCACACCAGCGCUCUGCUGUGUUUCAACAGCCAGUGAUUUUCCUGGGAGCCGACGUUACACACCCCCCAGCUGGGGAUGGGAAGAAACCGUCUAUCACAGCAGUGGUAGGCAGUAUGGAUGCACACCCCAGCCGAUACUGUGCCACCGUGCGUGUGCAGCGCCCACGGCAGGAGAUCAUCGAAGACCUGUCCUAUAUGGUGCGUGAGCUGCUCAUCCAGUUCUACAAGUCCACCCGCUUCAAGCCCACCCGGAUCAUCUUCUACCGAGAUGGGGUCCCUGAGGGCCAGCUGCCCCAGAUCCUUCACUAUGAGCUGCUUGCCAUUCGAGAUGCAUGCAUCAAACUGGAAAAAGACUACCAGCCUGGGAUCACGUAUAUUGUGGUGCAGAAGCGCCAUCACACCCGCCUCUUUUGUGCUGACAAGAAUGAGCGGAUUGGGAAGAGUGGUAACAUCCCAGCAGGGACCACUGUGGACACCAACAUCACUCACCCAUUUGAGUUCGACUUCUAUCUGUGCAGCCAUGCAGGCAUCCAGGGUACCAGCCGACCGUCCCAUUAUUAUGUCCUUUGGGAUGACAACCGUUUCACAGCAGAUGAACUCCAGAUCUUGACAUACCAGCUGUGCCACACUUACGUACGAUGCACACGUUCUGUCUCUAUCCCAGCACCUGCCUACUAUGCCCGCUUGGUGGCUUUCCGGGCACGAUACCACCUGGUGGACAAGGAGCAUGACAGUGGAGAGGGGAGCCACAUAUCGGGGCAGAGCAAUGGGCGAGAUCCCCAGGCCCUGGCCAAAGCUGUGCAGGUUCACCAGGAUACUCUACGCACCAUGUACUUCGCUUGAAGGCAGAACGCUGUUACCUCACUGGAUAGAAGAAAGCUUUCCAAGCUCUGGGAGCUGUACCACCCAAAUCCAGAGGAAGCAAGGCAGAGGGAGGUGGGGUCAGAAGGAGUAUAGGAGGCCUUGUUUCUAUCUAUAGAGGGGGUAUAAGGGUGGGAACAGGACCAGCAAGACAGAUUACCUACCAGCCAGAAAUCUCUGAUAGCAACCUCAUGUCCUCCACUCCUCUCCCCAUCUUGUCAUAUCCGAUCCCCCUGGACCAAAAGGGGCAUCACUAGUGCCCACCAUACACACAGUUGUCUCAUGUGACUCACAGUGCGAAAGACUCAUGCUUGACAGCUUGCUAGGGUCAGCUCUGCAGCCCUGUAGUCAAAUGCUGGUAUGUUUGGGUUUGAUAUUCUAGAUGAGAAAGUGGGUGGGAAGAGGGCAGGAAUUUUUAGGAGCCUUAAUCAGAAAAGGUCUAGAUUUGUUUAAGAAGAAAAAUGAAAACAGACUCAGAUCAAUAUUUUAGGAUACUAGAUGUUUUCAUGGGUUCAGAAUCCACUUUGUAGGAAGAUUUUUAAUGCUAAUGGUUUGGGUUGCUCCUCCCCAGCUGCCACCCCCUCCCAUUAUUCCUCUCCACAUUCUCUACCCCAUACGCCUCUUCCCUGACAGACAUCCAGCCCCUAGUAACAUUUAAGGCACUAUGGCACUUAGCUCUGAGGUGACACGAUCCUGUCUUCCUUCCGCCUGCUGGUGGGUAACCAGUGCCUUCCUGUAACGGUAAUGCUGCAGAAAUGCAACCUUUUGUACCUUUCUCUGUGGGACGGGGUGUGGGUGGGAGAGGAGGUAGGGAGGGAGGGAAGAAAUAUCCCAAUGCCAGCAAGCCUCCAGCCAGAAUGCCAGCUAAUUUUCAUUUGAAGGAAUUGACUUCCAUAAUCAUUGAGCUUUUAAAAAAAAGAUCACAACCUCAAGAUGGUUAAAAUCCAUUGACAUUUGCACUUUCAGACAUGACAAGUCUCUGCGCUGCUGAGAUGACUGGCCCUUGGCCUUUCCCCUUUAGCCUCUUCUGUUCCCUGGCCCCCACCCACCCCCCACCCUGCCAGGUCUAGAGUUAUUGUCAUAGUAUUUCUCAUUCUUGGCUUCUUCUCCCCCUGAUGGUAAAGUCUCUUUUGUUUCAAUAUUUCUUAACUGGGGUGUCUUACAGCAGAAAAUCUUAAGGACUAAAAUAAGAAAACAGAAAACUAAAUUUUAUUUUUAUACCAUAACUUGAGUCUAUUGCCAAAAUCUGGAAAUCCCUCCCAUACCUGAUGAGUCUGCAUCCCAGAAACAUGGAGCCAUCAGAAGGAACUGUGGACCUGACUUGUGUUCUAGCCUGGCUAAGUAGGGGGUGGUUGUCUCCCCAAGGUGGGGCUUAGCCUCUGUCCUCCCUCUGUGCAGAUCAAACCUUGUUCUUGAGACAGCCUCCCUCCACUCGCUGUCCUGCACUCCUUGUGAGCGCAUCUUUUCCUUUUCUGGACUGGACUGUCCUUUGAUUCCCAGACUAACUGAGACUCUAGCACGUCCUCUGGACAGGCUGGAGAAUUUUGCUGCUCCCUUUUGCUUCUGUUUACACAAAUGAAAUUUUCCUGUUUCCCACUAGGGCAUGUGAGUGGGUGGCAUGGGCUUUUCUUCUUCUACCCCUCUCUUGAGAUACUGGGGUUCAACUGUCUUGCAGGACUAGAAAAGAAGUGGGUUCUGGCUUUGUUCUUCCUGACCUUGAAGCAAGGCCCCCUCUUUCCUUGACUGUUCUUUAUUCUUCCUGCAUUAUUGCUUGGGAUGGGGAAUUUGAACCUCUGUAUACAGGUUCACCUUCUGAGGAGCCUGAGGUUAGGAUUGCCCUACUCUGGUGAUGAAGCCAUGAUAUUUUAGAGCUAGCCUGGGCUUAGAGGCCAGCUGGAGAAAGGAAGGUCUGAACUCUGGCCUAUGGAGUCAAACCUUUCCCCAGGAGCCCCUUGUACAGACCCAGAUUUGCUAUGCAAAUAGUCCAGGUUCAGUUGUGGCUGGCUACAUUGUUCAGUAACUUCCCAACAGGUAGCACAAACAUUCCUUAUGGAAAAAGCCCAGGACUGUUAAGUAGUUCCUCCUGUACUUCUUUUCUGCUUGGCUACAGUAUGGAGUGCCCCAUGGGCACAGGCCCAGCCGAAGAACAGAACGGAGGGCUCUGGGAAGAGGCAGCUCACUGGAGAGCUUACAUUCCUUACACAAGUGCCUAAACAGAGUGAUGCCAACACUCCAUCUGCCCUGUCCAUCGCCUUCAUAGACAGUUUACUUCGUGUUCCGUCACCCUUUGGGAAGGGAGCCCUUCACAGACAGUUUGCUGUCAACUUGGGUACACUUGGGGGCUUGGAUUAAGGGCACUAUUCCAGGAGGGUUCAGUCAUUCACCAGCAUUUGCAGAUGCCCACAGGGAACAGGUGGCUGUCACCACUCCCAGCAACACAGUUUUGUUCUCUCCUGUUUUCUUUGCCUCACUCUCUCCAGUUGGGUUUUAAGCUAGAAUGAAAAGUAGUUUCAGUCCUUUGGUGUUUAUGUGCCAUCCAAGAAAUGCAAGAGAAUGCUGAGCAUGACGGCCCAUAGCUGUAAUUCUGUUAUCUCAGCACUAAGGCUGAAGCAGAAGAUUCAAAAGUUCAGGUCCACCUGGGCUGAUCAGUGAAUUCCAGGCCAGUGUGCACUAUGUAGCAAGACCAUGUCUCCAUAAAAAAGAUGGAGAAAAAUGACUUGGGUGGUACAUCUUGCUGUGAUUUUAAACAGUUCUUUGAGACUUAACUACUGACCAUGUGGGUUCUUCUCAUUUAAAGGCAAUAUGCACACAUUAAAAACAGUGUUGCCAAGCCUCAGCUUGUUUGGAUUUGGUUUAAGUGGUGCAUUGUACGAGCUCUGGGAGGAUUCCAACCUCAUCUCAGAUCUUUCUUUCUCCACCCCUACCCCCCACACACUGUUCAGCUUUCCCUCUCCUCUUCUCGCCUUCCCUGGCUUCCUUUUCCUUCUCCCUCUUCCCUCAGCUUGCUUGCUGGCUGGCCUGCCUGCCUGUCUGCCUGUGUGAUAAUGAAUUCUCUGCAUGGCUGCAAUGAUCCCACUGUUAGUUGGAAAGGUCAGGCUUAGCUCGUUGACUACAGAAGACCAAAAACCUGUUUCUCAUGCCCAGUGGUGUCAGCCCUGGGUUGCACUGUCCUCAAGCUUACACUAGGUCAGAGCAGCAGGCCUGUCUCACUGACAAAAUCAGUAGGGUUUCUGGCCAUUUCAACACCUCUCCAUUCUGUGGAGGUGAAGGAGUGAUGCUUUGAAUUCAGUCCAGUGUGACCUAUUUAUUGGUUGAGGUGCUAUUGCUAGCCUGUCAGGAUCAGCCUGGAGCUACUGUUACUGGGAACUUAUCCUUAGACUCUGACUAAAGUUAAACAUAAGUAUGAAACUACUCUAAAAAUCUAGUUCUCAACUGCAACAUAGCUCCUCUGGCUGAGCAGCAGUGUUUUUGAACAGUUUUCUUUUUAACCAGAAUUCUGUGAAUGAUGCCAGGGACACACUUUUCUUAGCUGGCCCAUGGAAAGUCUAGAAGGUUGCUCAGUGUUUUAGACCUGGCAUCAGGCAUCACAGAGGAGGAUGGAAUUUCUUCCCUUUCAGGGUAGAAGAGUCAUCUCUUACUUAGCCAAAAGGCAGUUUUGGGAAUUCAUGUCAGGAGGAAAGGUUUUGUUUUGUUUCUUAAUUUACUGGACUUUAGAUCAUCUAGGAUGGUGGUUAAUUACGCCUUCCUUGGGCUGGGAUCAUGGCAGGGAUAUGCAAGGCACGCUAAUACUUGGCCUUCUAAGCAGACUAGGAAAGGGGGAUUCUCUGGUUUUCUCUUUCUCCCCACUUACUAGGACUUGCCUUCUCCCUGAGCCACGAGAGAGGCUGGGUUGGUGCUCUCCCCUUACUCUGCUCCUACUGACUUAGAACCUUUGGCUGCUGUAUGAUAGCCCAGGAAAGGGAACGGAAAGAAUGGGCUCAAAAUAAUAAUGUAAGGAAGGCGAUUUCCUUCCUUAAAAAGGGAAAUCAAAAACUCUCCAAGAAUUGUGUAAGUAAAGAUAAAUGUGUCUGAAUGCACUGAGUCCUCUGGUGUCAUAGCAAUAAGGAAAAAUGAAUUGACUUCCUGUGCACACAGUCCAACCUGACUGGUGUAUGAUGUUGCACUUAGCGGCCAUGUGGUGGGCAUGUGUGACUACUCUGGGUUUCACUUUAUUUUCUAAACUUUUUAUUCUUCUCAAGUCCAGCAUGGAUGGGGAAAUGUCCCUGGAGCCCCGCAGCUGUGUACUUGUUUGCAUUUGUUUCCCAUUGAGACUUGUGUUUUGUGUCCUGCUUUGAGCUGUACCCUGUCCCGUCCAUUGUGAAAUUAUCCCAGCAGCUGUAAUGUACAGUUCCCUUCUCAAGCAAGCAACAGCAGCACAAUCCUGUGUUUUAUAAAGACAACAGUGGCUUUUAUUUCUAAA